ACGACCGGCGGCGGCGUGAUGUAGCCGGUAAUAUUUUCAGGUUGCACAAAACCGUGGAGACAGAAGCGUUUGAGAGUGAAAAAAAAUCUUCCAUUCGUGACCAGGAUAAAACAUGUCAACGAAACAAGUGACGUGCAGGUAUUUCCUCCACGGUGUGUGUCGGGAGGGCAGCAGGUGUCUGUUUUCUCACGAUUUAACCACAAGUAAACCUUCCACCAUCUGCAAAUACUACCAGAGAGGAGCGUGUGCUUAUGGAGACAGAUGCAGAUAUGACCAUAUUAAACCUCCUGGUCGUGGCAGUGGAGCUCCAGCAGAUCACAGUAACAGAAGCAGCAGCAGUGCAGGAGCCUCCGCACCCGGCCCCGGACCCCCGGCAAACACCAGCAAACACCUCAAAAAACCACUAGUGCUUCGAGACAAAGCUCUGUGCUCAGACAGCAGACCUCGUGUGUUCAGUGCGGAGAGUUCAGAGCUCAGUGAAUGCUGGGAGCAGCGAGACGACGGCGCUCAGAAGCCGCACUCGUAUCUGGAGGCCAUCCGCUCUGGCCUGGACGCCUCCGCCGCCGCCGCUGCCACCGCUGGGACGUUUCCAGAGCUCCAGCAGACGUCGCCGCAGAUCUGCCCGUUCCUGGCCGCAGGGCAGUGCCAGUAUGGAGAAAGCUGUCCGUAUCUGCAUGGGGAGAUGUGUGAGAUCUGCAGACAGCAUGUGCUGCAUCCACACGACCCCGAGCAGAGAGCAGCGCACGAGAAGAAGUGUAUGGUGGCGUUUGAGAUGGACAUGGAGCGAGCGUUCGCAGUGCAGCAGAGUCAGGAUAAGGUGUGUAAGAUCUGUCUGGAUGUGGUGUACGAGAAAUCCUCUCCGUCUGAGCGGCGCUUCGGCAUCCUGUCCAGCUGCGCACACACAUACUGCCUGAACUGCAUCCGCCAGUGGCGCUGCGUAGAGCAGUUACACAACCAGAUACGCAAGUCUUGUCCAGAGUGUCGUGUGGUCUCAGAGUUCGUGAUUCCCAGCAUCUACUGGGUGGAGGAUCAGGAGCAGAAAAACCUGCUCAUCGAGGAGUUCAAGUCUGGAGUCAGUAAGAAAGCCUGUAAGUACUUUGACCAGGGCAGAGGAACGUGUCCGUUUGGAGGGAAGUGUUUCUACAUGCACGCUUAUGCUGACGGCAGACGAGCAGAACCUGACAAACCCCGAAAACAGCUCAGCGCUGAGGGAAACGUGCGGUUCCAGAACUCGGUGCGUCUGUGGGACUUCAUCGAGGAGCGCGAGCACCGGAGUGUCCCGCAGCUGGAGGACGAGGUCAAUGACCUGGGGGAACUCUUCAUGCAGCUGUCAGGAGCCUCAGACGCACCGCAUUGAUGAACACACACUGAACACACACACUCUUCAUGCAGCUGUCAGGAGCUGCAGACGCGCCGCAUAGAUGAACACACACACACACACACACACACACUCAGACUCUUCAUGCAGCUGUCAGGAGCCUCAGACGCACCGCAUUGAUGAACACACACUGAACACACACACUCUUCAUGCAGCUGUCAGGAGCUGCAGACGCGCCUCAUAGAUGAACACACACACACACACUACACACACACACACACACACACUCAGACUCUUCAUGCAGCUGUCAGGAGCCUCACACACCAGCAGUGCAGCGCUGCAUUGAUGAACACACACACUCUAAACAUGCACAUGCAAACACACACACACACACUACACAUGGACAAGUAGCAGCACUUCCAGCAUCUGUAUGAUGUAUCCAGGUGUGUGUGUGUGUGUGUGUGUGUGUGUGUGUCCUCUCUCUAUUUUGCUGCUUUUUUUUUAUCGUCACACUUAAAGAUCAUGAGGAGAUCAUGAAGCAGAAGUCUCGCCGCUCAGACAGUGUAAACAGUGAUGAUGAUGAUGAUGAUGAUGAUGAUCCAGUAGUUGAGGUGCUGUCUGUAGGUCACUUUAUUGGUUCUGGGCUUCCUGCAAUAUUGCUGUGGUUAUGAUCAAUAAUAAAGCGAGCUCUUCGUCUCCACGGCCGGCUUGACUGGUGUUUAGCAGCGUUUGGAUCUUGUUGCUGUGAUCAUUGUUUUGGACUGAUAUGAACUCACUGUACUGAACUCCACUCAUCUGGCUUCCUCUUGAAUUAUGAUGAUGAUGAUGAUGAUGAUGAUGAUGAUGAUUUGACACUGGGAGGAGGAGUGUAAUAAACAGUUUAGUGACCGACA